AUUCAUAAUUGCCUGAAAUGCGUUGUACUGCUUUCGCUGACUUAGGAAUGAAUUGCUGAAAGCGAUAGAAGAGGGCAACAGAAGCGUCAUUACUUCAAUUAUUCAAUGGAUUGUUGACCACAAAGAAGAUUGUGAAAAACGACUGUAUAUAGCGAAAUACUUGAUCAGGAUCCACGUUCCACCGGAGAUUUUGCAGGAUCCUGAGGUGGAACAACUUUAUCUUCAAUGCGAAACGCUGAGAAACGAGUUCAAAGAAGUUCACAGACGCUACGAGAGCGCCAAAGCGGACGGCCAGAACAGUGAGGUUGUUCAGCAAGAUAUCGCGAUGAUGGAAAAAGAGAAAGAGCAGCUUCUUAGAAGAACCGCGAAAAUGAAGAAAAAAGCUGCUGCGAUGACCGGGGACAGCGAAGCUUUGCUGAAGAUCGCCAGCCAGCUUCGACGUGAAGUAGAAAGAAAGGAAAACUUGAAAGAGUACAGAGAGGAACAGAGGAAACAACUGCUCCAUAUCGAUCAGAAGCUGCAGCGACUUCAGCAGAAAAUGAAUGAAAUUUCGAAAGAGAAAAAAACCCUGAACCCGGAAGAAUUGGUAGCCGAAGGCAGAGAAGAAAUCGAUGUACUGAAAUACGUGUUGAAUGAGAAGAUGCCUUCUGAACGUGAAGCGUUAGACGAUGCGAUUCAAAAGCUGAAAGAAAUUCUGGCUCUACCGUCAGUGCAGCCAGAGGACUUGGACGAUUUGCGAAAUAAGGCAAAUAUCAUUUUUUUCAUAGGCAUCUGA